UGACCACUGAAAGCAGCUUUCUUGUCAGUAAGGUGAGCACGUUCACUUUGAGAGCGCUUCGAUAGGCGGAACCGGCGAAGCCCCGGUCCCCUCCGUUAUAACAGCCCGGUCAGACGACCAGCGGUCCGGGUGUCCAUGAGUCAAAAGACCGCUCGAGUUGGUGGGACUCUCCGGUGACCGCGACGAUGCUCCGCGCUGCCCGCAUCCACAGCCCCAAAGUAAAACGGGUAUAAGCGGAAAAAAAACAAAAAACAAAAAAACUCGCCGGACUUUCCUCAGUUCUUUUUUUUCUUCUUCCCCCUGAACAACGAGCGACACCGAGCGAGCCAGGGACCCUCCGAGUCGGACGUGACCACCCAACCGGGUUUGUUUUCCUCUCAGAAAGGCACUUCCAGCCCUUCGUCCUUCCUCGGAAGAAGCCCGGCAAGUGUGAGUGACAGCUCGGCCACGGCGGUGCGGAUUCACCCAGUGUUUCUUCACCCUCAAGGAACUCAUUUUUUGAAACAUUUCUUACAAUUUCCUCCAAUUUUUCAAAUUGAAUUAAGGACAUUUUCAGCGCGGACGACGACAUUGUCUGUGUGAUUUAUGAUUUUUGGGGUGUCGCUUCGGAACUUCCAGAGGGGGGGCCGCGAACGCUCUCUUUUGGCCGGGAGAAGAUCGCAUCGGCGGGGCUCCGGCUGGUGAUCCACUCAUUCUAGGAUUAAAACCUCCACCUGCUGGGAAUUCUACCAUGUCAGGUGCACGGGAUUGCAGACGGACGCUCCUCAUCUGUGUGGUGGUGGAGGCGCUUUCAUGUGCUCUUGCAGGCAAAGUCUCGCCGACCAGUUCCGAUGCCCUCCUCAGUUCCUCACCGGUGACGGCCAAUCCCUCGCCGCCCGCCAUAUACCUGCCGGCCAGCUUCAAGAUAUCCAACGUGCAGCUAGCCUUCUUCUUGCGCGAGGCUGCGCAGGCGUCGGGACCGAUCGUGGGCGGGGGCGGCGGCGGCGGUCCGGGCGGCGGGCACCCCCUGCAGCGCUCAGAGAGUUUUGUGGUUUUCCAGACAAAGGAGCUCCCGGCCGUCAACAUCAGCUUGGGGCCGUUUGCCCGCGACCAGACGCUGUCCAAGGAGCUGCUCCAGCCAACCAGCCCCCUGGACAUCCCCGGCCAGCUGACGGUCAACUGGAAGGUGCGCGCCUUUAUUGUCCAGUCGCGAGUGUUCUCCAACAACCCCGCCGUGCAGGUCUUCUUCUACAUCGCCGGCCGCGAUUGGGACGACUUCAAGGCGCAGGACAAACUGCCGUGCGUCCGCCUGCACGCCUUCCGGGACGUGCGGGAGAUUAAGACCUCGUGCCGCAUGAAAGGCAACCUGGCGCAGUGCUUGGCCCAGCUGGACCUGCCGCCGUCCUGGUUCAACGCCAACGUGGCUCCGCUGGGCCGCCGGAAGGGCUCCGGUGGGGACGGGCUCCUGGACGGGAUGACCGGCGAGACCCUGCAGGCGGAGCUGUACUACACGCUGCACGAGCCCAACGCGGAGGGCGAGUGCGGCGAGGCGGCGGGUCACCGGGGACCCCGGGGGGAGGUCCCGUCGCAGCACCCACUCCUGCGCAUCGGAAGCAUCAGCCUGUAUCAGGCCAGCCGGGAGCAGCUGUUAGUCGACAAGCAGCUGGACAAGAACAUGUUCCUCAGGCUGCCCGAGAAGCCCCUCAAGCCCGGAGAGACCCUCAGGAUCUUCUUGUACUUGAUGCCCAACUCCACAGUGGAACAGUUCAGCCUCAAGGUGAAAGCCAAGAAAGGGGUGAACCUGACCCAGACCAAGUCUAAGAACGCCCAGUGGAAGGUGGAGUGGGAGGUUCUGUCCGGUGCCAAGCAUUCUAUCACGACCAUUGAUGUGAACAAGAACACAGCAGUCAAGCCAGGGGAAGUGUUGGGCAACGCCGAGGUGAUGCAGCUGGACUUCGAGAUGGAGAACUUCACCAGCCUGUCUGUGACGCGCCGCAUCAACUGGAACAUCGACUACAAGGGCCAGAGCCCCCCGUCCGAGUCCGAGAAGGUGGUCACCGAGCUCACCGUGGUCCAGCGGGACAUUCAGGCCAUACUACCCCUGGCCAUGGACACGGAAAUCAUCAACACGGCCAUCCUGACCGGUCGCACCGUGGCCAUCCCCGUCAAGAUGGUGUCCAUCGAGAUGAACGGAGCCGUCACCGACGUCUCCGCCUUCGUGCAGUGCAAGUCAGCCAACGAAGACAUCGUUAAGGUCUCGAUGAAUUGCGACUACGUGUUCGUCAACGGCAAGGAGACGCGAGGCUCCAUGAACGCCAGGGUCAUCUUCAGCUACGAGCACCUGAGCGCACCCCUGGAGCUCACCGUCUGGGUGCCCAAGCUCCCCCUGCGAGUGGAACUGUCCGACAGCAACCUUAGCUUCAUCAAAGGGUGGCGGGUGCCCAUUCUGCCCGACCGCAGGAGCACCCGGGACAGCGACGCCGACGAGGACGAGGACGAUCGGCGGGUGAGCCGAGGCUGCACGCUGCAGUACCAGCGGGCCCUGGUCAAAGUCCUGACCCAGUUCCACACCACGUCCACCGAAGGCACCGACCAAGUCAUCACCAUGCUGGGGCCCGACUGGCAGGUGGACGUCACCGACCUGGUCCAGGACUCGCUCAAGGUGGCCGACCCCCGCGUAGCCGAGCUGGUGGACAGGACGGUCCUGGUGGGCCUGGAACUGGGAUCCACCGUUUUAAAGGUGGACUCUCCUCUGGCCGUGGACGCGGCGCUGGGCCGGGCGGCCUUCUCCGUCACGGACGACAAAGUUUCCGUCAGCCAGCUACGCGUCCACGUCGUGUCGGGCUUGAGCCUGUCGCUGCAGCCCAGCCCCGGCAACAGCCACACCUUGGUCGCCAAGGCCGCCGGCCUCCAGACGCUCGGCGCUCCCAAGCAGGAGGCCAGCUUGUCCGUGUGGAUGCUGUUCAGCGACAACACGGCUGCCACGCUGACGUACUUCGAUCCCAAGGACUACAACUUCAACGCGUCCACGCUGGACGACAAGGUGGUCUCCGUGUCUCAGGAGCCCCAGCAGCGUUGGCCCGUGGUGGUGGCGGAGGGCGAGGGCUCCGGGGAGCUGGUGCGCGUGGAGAUGACCAUCGGCGAGGCCUGCCAGAAAACCAAGCGCAAGAGCGUGAUCGCGUCGGCCGCCGUCUACGUCAGGGUCCGCUUCGGCCCCGAGGAGGACGACUCCGACGAAGAGGCGACCGCCGAAGGCGAGGCGGAGUCGCCGCCCGGCGCCGGACGCCCCGCGGUGGCCGACCCGGACUCCGGCGGGAGGAUUUACGAGACGUCCGACGAGCAACCGGCCAGCGUUCCCAUCGACUACACCGAUUUCCCCACCGCGGGCAACCGGGAGCAGCCCACGGAAACGGACGACGACGAAGAGGAGGAGGAGGAGGAGGACGACGAGGAGGAAGACGACUUCGUGCACUCGCCUCGCAACAUGACCGACCUGGAGAUCGGCAUGUACGCCCUCCUGGGGGUCUUCUGCCUGGCCAUCCUGGUGUUUCUCAUCAACUGCAUCGUCUUUGUGCUCAAGUACCGCCACAAGCGCAUACCGCCCGAGGGCCAGGUCAACAUGGACCACUCGCACCACUGGGUCUUCCUGGGCAACGGCCAGCCGCUGAGAGCCCAGUGCGACCUGUCCCCGCAGCAGGCCGACGGCCCCUCCAACCCGCUGGAGGGCGUCCAGACGUGCUGCCACGGGGACCACCACAGCAGCGGAAGCUCGCAGACCAGCGUCCAGAGCCAGGUGCACGGCCGCGGGGACGGCAGCUCCGGCGGCUCGGCCAAGGAGAGCGGCGAGGAGGCCAGCUCGCCCACCUCCAAGCGCAAGCGGGUCAAAUUCACCACCUUCACCACGCUGCCCACCGAGGACCUGCCCUACAACUCCAUCCCCGUCGCCGACGAGGAGGACAUCCAGUGGGUGUGUCAGGACAUGGGCUUCCAAGACCCCGAGGAACUGCACGACUACAUGCGCAGAAUAAAAGAAAUCGCCUGAGAAAGCUUUCCGGGGGAAAAAAGGCUCCUUUUUAUCACACACUGAGAGGAGGGGGAGAAAAAAAAAAAAGGCCAACUGUCGUUUCAGUUAGUUUGUUACGUUUAGUUUGCACAGUGCUGUAAUAUCUUAUCACACUAAACAAAACAAAAAAGAAACGGACGUAAGCCAAAGACUCGACGACCCGGAGAGAAGCGGCGGCGACGAACAAAGAGGCCUUUGAUGAACACUCCAAAACUGUCAAAGACUCUCGUGUAAAAAAAAAAAAAAAAAAAAGCUUUUUU